UCUCGAAGGCGAUUGUAGUUUAAGUUCUCUUCCCGGUUCUUCGAUUCGAGGUCGACGUGCGUAAUCACAUAGACGCGUUUUUAAUAAUUUAUUAUAGCUGUGCAAUUCGUUAUUACGAUCGGUGGGAAAUAUCCCAGAAGAUGAAGUCAACGCGACAAGUAGUUGGGAUUUUUUUGUCCACUUGCCUGCUGCCGUUCAUCUUUCUACAAAGUGUUCAGGCCCAAGGAAGCUGUAGAAAUCCCAACCAGAAUCAGGGCCAAUGUUUGUCCAUAUACGACUGUCAGAGUCUGCUUUCCUUGGUCCAGCAGACAUUCGUUACCUCGGAGGACAGGAACUUCCUUCGCAACUCGCAGUGCACCAAUGGAGUGGGCCGCCAGCCUCAUGUUUGCUGCACAAAUGAUCGGAGCUAUGGCCCACAGGACACCACCUCCACAGCACCACCAGUGACGCCUGCCAAUCCGGGCCAGCAGGGUCAAGAGGGUCAGCAAGGUCAGGGCAACCUGUUACCCUCGCCACCGAAAUGUGGACCGCACUCCUUCAGCAACAAGGUCUACAAUGGCAAUGACACGGCCAUAGACGAGUUUACCUGGAUGGCUCUGCUUGAGUAUGUAGAUCGUAGAGGACGUCGUGAGCUUAGUUGUGGUGGCAGUCUCAUCAACAGUCGUUAUGUUCUUACCGCUGCCCAUUGUGUUAUUGGUGAUGUAGAAAAGGCAGUCGGACGCCUAACUACCGUUCGUUUGGGUGAAUAUGACACCAGCAAGGAUAUCGAUUGCGUAGAUGGCAUCUGCAACCUGCCCGUCAUUGAAAUGGGCAUCGAACAGGCCACUGUACAUCCUCAAUAUGAUCCCAACGACAGGAACCGCGUCCACGACAUCGCCUUAUUGCGACUAGAUCGCCCAGUUACACUUAAUGAGUACAUCCAGCCGGUUUGUUUGCCUUUGGUCAGCACACGAAUGGCUAUCAACAUCGGCGAACUUUUGGUAGUCAGCGGGUGGGGACGUACCACCACAGCCCGCAAGAGUACGAUAAAACAGCGCUUAGAUCUUCCGGUGAACGACCACGACUCCUGCGCGCGAAAGUUCGCCAUGCGUAAUAUUCAGCUGAUCAGUUCGCAGCUUUGCGUAGGAGGUGAGUUUUACCGGGAUAGCUGCGAUGGAGAUUCGGGAGGACCAUUGAUGAGGAGGGCCUACGACCAGGCCUGGUACCAAGAAGGUGUGGUCUCCUUCGGCAAUCGCUGCGGACUAGAAGGAUGGCCUGGGGUUUAUACACGGGUCUCCGACUAUAUUGACUGGAUCCUGGAGACCAUUCGGCCAUGAAGGGCUAUUCUUUGUUCAAAUGAUGUUUUAAUUAAAGUCAAGUUGAGAGCGUU